CCCACGUUCAGUCCGUGCGCCCUGAGGGGCUCCCACGCACAGAGCCCGGCGCCACGUUGGGAACGUGACUGCGACUUGGGGACAGGACGGCGGGGCUGCCUGCCCACGCGGGACAGGAAAGCAGCUGGACGCUCCUCACGCAUUUUGCCCUGUGCGGUGGAGGGGACUGGCCGGGGCGGGCGGCUUCCGGAGGGCUGCGGAGUUUAAAGGCGGCCCGAGAUUUGGCCUGACUUAAUUUUGCCGCCAUGGUCCCUCCCGGUGAUCACGUCCAGCAGAGAGGCUCUCCCACAGCCUGCGAAGCCACCAGAGACGUCCUGAAAGCAGAGCUGCGAGGCCCAGCCUGGAAGCCGCCGCAGCCCACGACUCUCCAGCCACCCUAGACUGCUCGCUCCUCGCAGAAGUGACCCGCCUCUAGGGAAAGUGGCACAGCUCUUGGACCCAGCACCUGCAGCUCUAGACCUUUUACCCACAGCCAGCUUGAGCGCGGGUGGGGAGCUAGAAGCACGUUGACACUGAGGGUUCAAGCCGGUGAGCCAGAGGCUGCAUGACAACGGCCGGAGUUGUGGCCCUGGCUGUGCCUGGAGCAAAUGCCCCCUUCCACCUCUAGUUCCUUAAAAGUUGAGGGAAGAUUGUCACUUGGAAGCUUGAGUAACAGGAUUGGAGAAGAGGAAAUUGGAAAUAGCAGGCAUUCCUGGAUGUUGGAUUUGGGCAAUUUGCAUCACCUGCUGUGGUGGCUGAAUUGUCAGACCUUUUAGGUAGAAAGUGUCCCCAAAGACAUCACUGAUUUUAUAUCCUGAUCAGGCUAUGAGCACUGCAGUCACAGCUCCUAGGAAUCAUUUCUUGGCAAAGACUGGCUGUAUUCCCAAAUCAGAACUGGCUAUUUGUCAUGGCUGCAGAAUAGAUUAGGAAUGGGCCAGGCUGAAGUCAUGUCCUAGCAACUCAGGGCCAGACUAGGUGGCCUGUGGCCUUCCCUGUUGGGUGUGGAGUCCUCAGUCCUUCUUGUCUUUCUCUCCUUCUUACCCACAACAGGCAAAGACAGUAAGGUGUGCCAAGGUGAGGUGGUAGGCUCAGCUUCCUUUCUGUCUUUCACGUUAGCCGCCUGCUUCAAAUCCCACCCACACCUGCAUUGUAGCUAAAGGCCAUUUCUCAAGUAAACAUUUCUCAUUUGAGGUAAGAGUAGAGAACUUGUGCCCCAGCCUCUCAGCCCUCUGGCUGCUCUCUGUCCCUUCCAGCUCUCUCUCGGGUCUUGUGUCUACCUGUUGAGCAUAAAUUCUAUUCUGAUGUUCCGAUAAAAGUUUCCUGCCAUCCUAUCUCAUUUUUCUGCAUCUGAGAUCCUGACUUUGACUGACUCACAGAUGAAGGAGAAACUACAGAGCCUCCUGUAUGUAUGAACACAUUUCUGCUUUGGAGUCUCAUUGAGAAAAAGCUAGAUCAGCCCAAGUCACAAAUAGGAAUGUCAUUUCCCUGUGCAGGAAGUGACUUCAGAUGCCCCUACCCACCCUCUUCCCUGAAUCCCUUGUCCUCAGCCCUUUGAUGCCCAGGAAAGAGUUCUGCUGCCAUAUUCUCCCUCUGCUUGUGGUCCUGGUGAUGAGCUAAAACAGAAAGUUCCCCGGGAGGAGGGUGGGGGAAGUCCCAUUUGCUCCCACCCCCCAUGAUUGAAGUGACUGCCCAUCACUCACGGAGGCAUCCUGGGGCGCAGCCCUGUUCCGGAACCCUCUCUCCUCUGAGGCCUCAGCCAUGAGGCCCAGCAGUGUCUGUGCCGCUUUGCUGCAGCUUCCUUUCCACCUUAGCUGCUACCAGACAGCACCAGUGUUUGGUCUCUCUCAGGGCUGGGCAAUCAAUCUCUGGCCCUAGUUCACCGUGCCUCUCUCCCAGCAUUCUCAGGCAAGCCCUCCUACAAACACAGGCUGUGUUCUGCCCACUGCUGAGAUAGUACACAUGCUCUGGGCAAAGGUACAUCAGAUAAUGGCAUCUGUGGCCAAACCCCAGUGCCGCUGCUGGUAAGGUCUGGGGAGGGACUGCAGGGCCCGGUGAAGAGUAGGCAGGGCAGUGUGCUGCUGGCUCUACUGAGGCUCCUCAAGGGAGAGUCAGGGCGCCCAAAAAUUCACCUGUCUCUGCUGUCUCUUGGCCAUGAGUGAAUUCCCAUCUUUGGUCCCUGUGGAGUCCUCGUGGAUCCAAGUAAGCAGAGGCCCCCAGAGUUCCCCAGAGGAUGUUCCUGCAGCUGUUUCAAAGCCUCGACACAGCCUGGGCAUUCUCCAUGUCUCCUACAGUGUCAGCCACCGAGUUGGGCCCUGGUGGGACUUUGCAUCUUGCCGGCAGCAGUGGGACAGGCAGAUCCUCAAAGAUGUCUCCUUGUAUGUCGAGAGUGGGCAGAUCAUGUGCAUCUUAGGGAGCUCAGGCUCAGGGAAAACCACGCUGCUGGAUGCCAUGUCCGGGAGGCUGCGGCGCAAGGGGACCUUCCUCGGAGAGGUGUUUGUGAAUGGCCGGCUGCUACGCAGGGAGCAGUUCCAGGACUGCUUUUCCUAUGUCCAGCAGAGCGACACACUGCUGAGCAACCUGACUGUGCAUGAGACGCUGCACUAUGCAGCACUGCUGGCUGUACGCCACCGCUCUGCGGGCUUCUACCGGAAGAAGGUGGAGACAGUCAUGGUAGAGCUGAGUCUGAGCCACGUGGCAGAUCGACUGAUUGGCAACUACAACCUUGGGGGGAUUUCCAGUGGCGAGCGGCGCCGGGUCUCCAUUGCAGCCCAGCUCCUCCAGGAUCCCAAAGUCAUGCUGUUUGAUGAGCCUACCACGGGCCUGGACUGCAUGACAGCAAAUCAGAUCGUUGUCCUCCUGGCAGAGCUGGCUCACAAAGACCGUAUUGUGAUUGUCACCAUCCACCAGCCACGCUCCGAGCUCUUCCAGCUCUUUGAUAAAAUUGCCAUUCUGAGCUACGGAGAGCUAGUUUUCUGUGGGACACCAGCAGAAAUGCUUGAUUUCUUCAAUGGCUGCAGUUACCCUUGUCCCGAACAUUCAAACCCUUUUGACUUCUAUAUGGACCUGACAUCAGUGGAUACCCAAAGCAAAGAACGGGAAUUAGAAACCUACAAGAGAGUCCAGAUGAUUGAAUCUGCCUACAAAGAAUCAGCAAUUUAUCGCCAAACCUUGGAGAACAUUGAAAGAACAAAACACCUGAAAACAUUACCAAUGGUUCCUUUCAAAACCAAAGAUUCUCCUGGAGCUCUCUCUAAACUGGGUGUUCUCUUGAGGAGAGUGACAAGAAACUUAAUGAGAAAUAAGCUGGCAGUGAUUAUGCGUCUUGUUCAGAAUCUGAUCAUGGGUUUGUUCGUCAUUUUCUACCUUCUGCGGGUCCAGAACGAUGUGCUGAAGGGUGCUGUCCAGGACCGUGUGGGUCUCCUAUACCAGUUUGUGGGUGCCACCCCAUACACAGGCAUGCUCAACGCUGUGAAUCUAUUUCCUGUGCUGCGAGCUGUCAGCGACCAGGAGAGCCAAGACGGAUUGUACCAGAAGUGGCAGAUGCUGCUGGCCUAUGUGCUCCAUGCCCUCCCCUUCAGUGUCCUUGCCACCAUAAUAUUCAGCAGUGUGUGCUACUGGACUCUGGGCUUGUAUCCUGAGGUUGCCAGAUUUGGGUAUUUCUCUGCUGCUCUCUUGGCCCCCCACUUAAUCGGUGAAUUUCUAACUCUUGUGCUACUUGGUAUGGUCCAAAACCCAAAUGUGGUCAACAGUAUAGUGGCUCUGCUCUGCAUUGCUGGGAUACUUGUGGGAUCUGGAUUAGUAAGAAACACAGAAGAAAUGUCCAUUCCUUUUAAAAUCUUCAGUUAUUUUACAUUCCAAAAAUACUGCUCUGAGAUUCUUAUAGUCAAUGAGUUCUAUGGACAGAAUUUCACUUGUGGCAGCUCAAAUGGUUCUGUGACAACUAAUCCAAUGUGUGCCUUCACUCAAGGAAUUCAGUUCAUUGAGAGAACCUGCCCGGGUGCAACAUCCAGAUUCACAACCAAUUUUCUGACAUUGUAUGCCUUUAUUCCAGUUCUUGUCAUCCUAGGAAUAGUUGUUUUUAAAAUAAGGGAUCAUCUCAUUAGCAGAUAGUAAAGAACAUUGCCACAAAAAUGGAACUUAAGCCCAAUUGUGCAUGACUACUUUGAAUGUCUGAAAUAAGAAAGCCAUAUGUUUCUUGAUAGUACAUCUUAAGUCUUUUAACCACUUGAACUCCAUCUGUGCCCCCCUCAGAUCCAUGCUGGCCUUGAAUGAUAGUCUGACUUGUAGGACAUGGGCUAUUUAGAAAUUGUGAGUGGGCUAGUCCAAAAAUGUAAAUAGUAAUAACUUACAAUCUUUCAUAAAAUUAUGGGAGACUAGUGUGACUGUUUUCUUUGUUCUAGACACAGAAAAAUAGGUCAGUUAAAAAAUUAUGCUUACAGGGGCGCCUGGGUCAGUCAGUGGAGCAUGCAGUUGUUGAUCUUGAGGUUGUGAGUUCGAGCCCCACACUGGGUGUAGACUAAAAAUUUAAAAGAUCUUAAAAAAAUUGUUUACAAACAAAAUUAUGCUUACAUUUAAUAAAAGAUUUGGUGAGAAGAAGAUAUUUGAAUGGUUACUGACUGUAAGUAACAGAAAAGAGUGUUGUGGGUUCAAGUGAAGCAAAGCAUCAUGCAGAACUGGGUGGGAAUGCUUCAUCAUUGAAAAAUCCACAUUUAUUUGUACACGUUUACAUGAGGGUCUGCGUUACCCAAUCACACUGAAAGGAUGUUGGACAGAUGCUGGAUGAUGAAGACCCCUGAUACAGAAUACUCAGGGAUUUUUUUGGGAGUUAAAACGUUCAGGAAUGGGCUGAACUGAGAACACAGCAUGCCAGACAGACCUCGGGUAAUGUUUUUAAAUAUUAGUUUGCUAUUUUUCUACUUUUCCCUUAGUUUACUUACAAAAUCAAAAGUGAAUGUUACUAGAUAAAGUGUAUGCACUGAGAAAUGACAUCUUUAAUGCUAAAGAAGAGGGGUUAUUUGAAGUCCAUAAAGAUAAAAUGUUCAACUGACAUCGAAAGAACCAGGUUACACACACAGAAUUCAGGUUCUUGAAUCAUAAAGAGAAAAAGAUGCUGACAAAUACAAAUAGAGAUACUUGUAUUACAUAAUUUUAGGGAUGAAAUGAUGUAUAUAGAGGAUUAAAAAUGGGUUCUGUACUAAAUGACUGAUUAUCUUUCUGGUUGAU